UGUUGUUAAACUUGUGUUAUGGAAGUAGUUAGAAUUUUACCCUCUAGAGUCUAGUUCAACGUGUGUAAUUAUUAUUUUUCAUAAUUUACUACCUAUAGCAACUGUAUUAGGUUUCCUGUUGCUAAUAUUUAAGAAUUUGGGUAUCAAAUGCAUUAAAAGGAAGCUUGCAUCUCAUGGCCAACUCCUUAAGAAGCCAAGUCCUCUCCCUUUAUCGACGAGUCCUGCGUCUUGCACGCACAUGGGAGGCUCAGGACGUCAGAGAUACUGAAUUGGAAAGGAAAUACAUCUUUAAUGAGGCUCAGAAGUUAUUCAGAAGAAACCAAGACAUCAGAGGAGAUGAGAAUAUCAGGCAACACAUUGUGGAAGGGGAAUCUCGUUUGGAAAUAGGAUUACACUACAAGUCCCCAUACCCAAGACCAGUGCACAUGCCACCAAACACUAUCACAAUGAGAGAUGGCAAAGCUUGGGGCCAAGGAAACUUACGGAGACAGAAAACUUCUAGACCAAUUUAUGUAAAGUCCCUUGAUGAUGAGACGUGAUAUUAAGUCUGUAGAAAGUGCAUGUAUAUAAAAUGUUUACAAAUAUGUAUAUAUUUCUUGUAUUAAAAUCUGAAUAAGCAUU